CGAGUACAUGGCAUUUUCUACUGUAGACAUCCAUACAACAUAUACAGUACUAAGGUGAUAGCGCACGAUGUGUUGGCCUUAUACGCUAGUCUACUCCUGCUGGGACUGCCUCGAAAUGGGCCGUCCUGCCUGGGAAGCCUGCGUGGUGGUCAGGCCCGAAGCCGAGGACCCGAUAAUGGGGGGGCACAACUACGAAGGAUGGCCAUGUCCGAUGCGGUACCUGGGCAGCCCCGGCGGCGGAUCCCCGACCCGGGCCUCAUUGCCGAGGCCUAUCAGCAGUCUCAAGCCCCUCCGCUGCCCGACCCUGUACAGAUACAAGCCCUGGUUGGAGGCUGCCGGCCGCGCCAUGGUCGACAUGGCAAGCCCGGGCCUCGGAGCGUACACCCACACCUUCGCGUUCCACUCGCCGCAGCAUCGAUACUGGGUAUGUCCGGAGCAUCGCUACAAAUACCUGGGAUUAGGCCCUGAGUACAUGGGUUACGAGAUGGUGCGGGACUUGCAGCGGGUCGCGGCCCGGAGGAGAAGGGAGGAGGAGCUGAGGGAGAAGGAGGCGGCGAUGUCGAUGCGAGAAUAUUUGAAGGGAAGUCGGGAGGGGUGGGAAAUGACACCUAAUCCGUCGGAACGGGGACAGAAACGGAAGCGCGCUGAUUCGGAUUCGAUGAUGAGGGCUCGGGCCAGAAGCAGCCAGCUAUCUAUGUAAUCGUCCACGAAGGCAACGAACAAGGGGUUUGAUCGCUAUGUUCCAGUUCGAGACACUAGAUACACUUGAUCCCUACAUCUAGUACAAAAAUACAUUGUAGCAGAUUGGGGGGGGGGAAGUAAUGCAUUGCUGAGAUUAUAGAUAGGUAUCAUCGGUGGGCACGGGUCGGGGCCUAAGGAAGAAGAGAAGAGAAGAGAAGCAAAGAUUAGUCCAAUAACACAACA